AUGUACGAUUCUGGUUCAUCAAUGGCUUCUUCUUUAUCUCCUCAGACUUCGCUGCCGCCGCCAUCUGCUCUAGCAUCCGCUCCCCCGAGCAGACCUAGCAGUGGAUUGCAAAUGGCGUAUUUGUUGCAUCCACCGGCGCAACAGGGCCCUACACUGCCUAUGCCGACUUCCUCACCUUAUGCUCACUCUUACGACUCAGGAACUGGGUCUCCGGCUGAUCGGUCAUCCGUUUUGACGGACGGAAAUGGCUCUCUUCCCGAUGCACCAAGCCUUGCGCCUCAUAUGGGAGGAGCCGCAGGACAGCCUCAACAGAAACGAGCUUAUCGGCAAAGACGAAAGGAUCCUAGCUGCGAUGCUUGCCGGGAACGCAAGGUCAAGGUAGGUGCGACGCUUCCGAAUCAUCGAGCUGUACAGAAUGUUCGAACCGCAAGACAAGUACAAGACCUGGAAAAACAGCUUACCAGUACGAAACAGCAACUGCAGCAGCUUCGAUCAGGCGUUCUGAAGGCGGAUAAUGUGAUGGAUAUCGAAUUUGAUGUCAGCGGUCAACCAGUGUUGAAACUUCCAGAUGUCGGCGGUCGACCGGUGCGACAACAUCGCCCUCCAAUUUCACAGGAUUUCUCCAGAGUGCGCGCCAACGUGCGCACCUAUGGGACUGGUGUUGUCAAAGUGCCACCCCCGUAUCGACAAGUGGUUCCCUCUUCCUUUAUCCAAGACAACGGGCCGGCGCUGCCUGUAAAGAGCCUCGCAGAUCGACUGCUAGCUCAAUAUCACGCAUAUGUGCACUCGGUUUUGCCGAUUAUUCACUGGCCUAGCUUUACAGCCGAGUACGAAAAAGUGUACCAGCGAGGAACACUGCGUGGAAGCCUUCGAGAGUGGGCUGCGGUGCUGUUUGGUGUUUUUGCCUGUGGUUUGAUGCACUCUUUGGAGCCAAACAAACAACAAGAUGCGCAAGCAUAUUUAUUAGUAUCGCAAACGAUAGUUGAUAUAUGGUUGGACGACUUCACACUUGAUCAGGCCCGUGUCUCGCUUCUCAUGAGUAUUGUUCUUUAUGAGAUGAACUCCCGAUCUUCAAGCUGGGUUUGGCUCGGUUCGGCUGUUCGGAUAGCACAGGACAUCGGUCUUCAUAUUGAGUCGGGUCCAUGGUCCACUGUCGAGCGAGAAAUGAGAAGACGUCUUUGGUGGGGGAUCUAUGCAUGGGACCGGCUGUUGUCUCUCGAACUAGGCAAACCAAUCUCAAUCCAUGACCAGGACUGUGAUGUCGACCUUCCCUGUCCAGUUGAUGAGCAAUUCAUCGCAGAAGGGGCUAGACUACCCGAAGGCUCAAACACAAACUCUUUACUAGCUACGAUUCAUGUGGUGCGCUCAAUCGGACAACUCACCAAGACGCUGAGAUCCCCAAUUGUCAGUCCUGCGACACUCGAUAUCUUCGAUCGUCACUUCAAUGCUUGUCUGGCGACAUUUCCUAUCCAUUUUCAUCCCAAAUCUGAUAGUCUACUCGAUCCGAGCUCUUUAGCGCCAAUCAUCUACCUCCAAAAUGCCCGUUACGUUUUACAUCGCCAUAACAUUUCGCCGUACUGCCCUGCUGAUGUCCGGUUUCCCGCUUUGGAUCAGUGCUUCAUGAUUGCCCAGGAUACCGCUCGCGUGCUAUCGCGGUGCAUGCAUUCACCACCGCCAGUUGUUCCAACGUCGGUCUACGGUGGCGCGCGCAAUGAUUGGCAAACAUCUUUGGCAUCAUCAGCGUCGACUAUGUUGUGUAAUCAUAUCUGGCGCUGCUUGUUGAUUUUGAUUUUCAGGGAAGACUUUGCGGCAGCUUCGGUAUGUGUACAAGCUUGCAAGGUUAUUGGCGAUCACCAUAUCGCCAUGGCGUCUUGCGGUCGUUAUGUUGCUUUCUUCCUGAGGAUUUUGUUGGACCGCCUACGACGUAAUGACUCGACCCCAAUUGACCGAGACGAAGAGAUGCUCGCGUACGUGUCAGGAGAUAUGCAGAGUACCGCGACCGGUAGUUGGAUCUGGCAAGGAAGCGAGACGGGAACACAGUUAGAAAAUGUGCCAUCGCAAUCACCGCCAUAUGUUUCUUCGGCCCCUGGAGUGGGAAGCAGGACAUCCAACGAUGCGGAAUGGGAGGGUUGGGACUGGAUCGAAGGAACUCUGCAAUACCUGGCUGGUGAAUUACGCCAGCGCAGUUAUGACCGUCGAGACGUCCCACCAGUCAGGAUUGCUGCCCCUGCUCUCAAGAUUGAGGAGUCGGCAAGCAGCACUUCGAGAUCGAGUGCGCCCAAUUCGCGCAUGACCAUCGCCAACAUUAUUUAG